AUGAAUCUCUCUUUGGAAGUCAAAAUGGUAAAUGGAAUAAUGUAUGUGUGGACAAAGUGGUCAGCACCUCCACGGAUCAGUGAUUCAGCACUAUGUAAUUAUGAAUUGCGACUGAAGUCUGCAGAAGGAAAAGAAUGGAAGGAUUACUUUGUGGGACAGCAGUUGCAAUAUAAAAUAUCUCACUUGCAUCCAGGAAUGAAAUAUACUGCUCAGGUUCGCUGUGUAACAGAUCGUGGUGAAAGGAGCUUGUGGAGCCCAGAAAGAUACAUCCACUUCCAUAAUGGCCAGCCUCCAGGGAAGCCAAUCUUCACAGGAUGUCGGUCUCCCGAAAAAGAAACCUUUACUUGCUGGUGGAAGCCAAGCUCUGAAGGAAGUCUCCCAAGAAAUUAUACACUGUUCUAUAAGAGAGAAAGAGAUAAAAAAUACUACGAAUGCCCGGACUACACAACAGCGGGGCCCAACUCCUGUUACUUUAAUAAAAAGCACACAUCGCUGUGGACUACCUAUAAUUUUACUUUAAAGGCGAUGAAUGAGAUGGGGAGUAGUGUGGCAGACCCUUAUUACGUGGAUGUAGCAAAUAUAGUUCAGCCAGAUCCUCCAGAAAAUCUUUCCCUAGAAUUUGAGAAAAAAGUAUAUGGACAAUAUGUGUUGAUGACUUGGAAUCCGCCUUCUCUGGGUGAUGUCAAAUCUGGCUGGCUAACUCUGGAGUAUGAAUUACACAUAAAGCCUGAAGAAGGACAAGAGUGGGAAAAAAUAUUUGUUGGGCAAAGGACGUCUUAUAAGAUGUUCAGUGUGAAUCCAGGAGAAAGAUACGUUGCUCAGGUUCGAUGCAGGUCAGAUCAUGGUAUCUGGAGCAACUGGAGCCCUAAGAGUUAUAUUAAACUCCAAAAAGAUAUCAGCCUAAAGGAUAUAGUUGUUUGGAUCGUUGUGGUUUUUUUAUCAAUUGCCGCUUGUUUGAUCUUGAUCUGGAUACUGGCUUUGAAAAAAACCAAGAUGAUAGCUCGCCUUCUACCACCAAUUCCAGGUCCAAAAAUAAAAGGCUUGGAUGCUCAACUGUUACAGGCAGGAAAAACUGAAGAAUUGCUGAGUGCUCUUGAUUGUCAGGGUUUUCCUCCAACUUUAGACUCUGAUGAUCUGCUCAUAGAAUUUUUGGAGAUAGAUGACAGCGAAGAUCAGCAGCUAGUGCCAAAUCAUGGAAAAACUCACCCCAAUAAACAUGUAAAGCCAGCACACCAGGAAAUAGACUACGAUUCAGGAAGAGGAAGCUGUGAGAGUCCAUCUCUAGUGCAAGAGAAAUAUAAGGAAGUCAGAAAACUGCCCCCUGCAGCAGAGGUACCGGAUUCUGAUGAGGUUCAAAGGAACGGUGAUAGAAAAAAACUCUCAGAAACAUUAAAACAAGACCCUGAAAAGUGUCUCCCACAGUUGAUUACUAAGAGCCUAAAGUCAUCUACAUGGCCUGGAGACCAGCCUGGGCACUCUCACAGUCCAAAGUUUUUCUCUCAUGAUGCCAUAGAGAUCUGCAAAAGGGUACUCAAAGCCACAAAUGUAAAAAGGUCACCCAUUUUGGGGAGAAGUGAAGGAAAGUGCUGUUCACAACCUCCGGAACCCAUUGAGACUGUUAGUAAAGAAAAAACAGCCCAACUGGAAGAUGGAGCCAAUUUGUCUCUAAAUGCUCAGCAUAAUCAAGAGGCAUUCUGGUUAGUUCCUCCAGAGCAGUUGCCUUUUACAUCCACAAAGCCAAUGGAUUAUGUAGAGAUUCACAAAGUCAGCAGCGAUGGAGUGUUGGCUGUGCUACCCAAGCAGAAAGAAAGCCUUGACAAAACUGAAAAGGGUCCUCUGCCUUCAGAUGCAAAAGAAUACUCCAAGGUUUCAACUGUUGUAGCUAAUCAUAUUCUGGUAUUAUUACCAGAGGCCAAAAUGGAGACCUUGCCUUCUUUUCAGGAACCCCCAAAGGAGUCCAAUCUGGAAAGCCGGGCAGAGAAAAACACGAUCUAUUGCCUCCCAGUUCCCAACAUGUGCAAAAUACAGAGCGGUGGUUUAGAUUACCUGGAUCCAAAUAACUUUAUGCCAGCCUUUCAUUAAACAAAUUGAA